CAUUAAAUAGCAAGCUUUCACCACCACACACUUCACACCAAAACACAUCCAUCUCUCCAAAGCAUUUGAUCAUCAACAACAAUCAUGACCAAAGACGUUGAAGUGGCGGAGCACCACGGCGGCAAAGACUACCAUGAUCCACCUCCGGCACCGUUGAUCGACGGCGAAGAGCUCACCAAAUGGUCUUUCUACAGAGCUCUUAUUGCUGAAUUCAUUGCCACACUACUCUUUCUUUAUGUGACCGUUUUGACAGUUAUUGGCUACAAGGUCCAGACUGACCCGAAGUUGGACACUGAUCAGUGUGGUGGUGUUGGUAUCCUUGGUAUCGCAUGGGCUUUCGGUGGCAUGAUCUUUGUUCUUGUUUACUGCACCGCCGGUAUCUCUGGAGGACACAUUAACCCGGCUGUGACAUUCGGGCUAUUCUUGGCAAGAAAGGUGUCAUUGAUCAGGGCAUUAGGGUACAUGGUAGCACAAUGUUUGGGUGCCAUUUGUGGUGUGGGUUUGGUCAAAGCUUUCCAAAGCUCAUACUACAAUAGGUAUGGCGGUGGGGCCAAUGAGUUAGCUGAUGGCUACAACAAAGGCACUGGACUAGGUGCCGAAAUCAUCGGCACCUUUGUUCUUGUGUACACUGUUUUUUCGGCUACUGAUCCUAAGAGAAGCGCUCGCGACUCUCACGUCCCGGUGUUGGCACCAUUGCCCAUAGGGUUUGCAGUCUUCAUGGUACAUUUGGCAACUAUUCCAAUCACUGGUACCGGAAUCAACCCCGCCAGAAGCUUUGGCGCCGCGGUGAUUUACAACAACGAAAAGGCCUGGGAUGAUCAAUGGAUUUUCUGGGUUGGACCCUUCAUUGGCGCAGCCGCGGCAGCGUUCUACCACCAGUUUGUACUAAGAGCAGGGGCCAUUAAAGCACUUGGUUCAUUCAGAAGCAAUGCAUGAUCGAGAGAUGAAAAAUUUAUCCAAUAAAAUUUGAUCAGUCGUUAAAAUGGAUGGAUAUAUGAGGGUCGAUGAUCAAGUGUUAAAUUGUAGAUACAUGUUUUUAUUUCCCGUUGGGAUGUGUAAUUUUUUUUUCUAUUUAUUUUUCAUUUUCAUUGUGAAUCUUGAGUGUUUAAUGUAAGUGGUCUUUUUUCUUUCUUCUGUUAUGUUUUUCUCCAAAAAAAUAUUAUGGGUUUCUUAUUUUUUUUUUUCAAA